GUGAGCAAAAUAACAGAAAAGCGAAUCGAGGGUUCAAAAGCUAGGGGUUGCAUAGCUCUUGCCGUCUUGCCUCCAUCUUUAAACCCUAGAGGAGGAGCUCUCACCCACUACCAGCGCGGCGGCAUUCUAUUCUAUUCUUGCGGGUAAAUUCGCUUCCUCCCAUCUUCCUCUUAUACCAGGUUCUCUGCAUUCGUUUUCGUCAUUCGUUACUGCCACUACAAGAUCGUCUUGUUACUUGAUCCGGCUUCUUCUUACUCUGUCAGCGGAUCGUUCCGGCUACUUUGUUUUUAUCCCUCCUGUUAUUCGUUCGCCUGACGACGAGGUUGUUUGAAUAGAUUUAUUCAGCUCCAACAAUCCAUUUUUGUUAUUUAUAUAUCGACGAUGAUGUUUCGAAGUGCAUAUGAUUCUUGUAUACUCUAUCUCCUUUGGGUUUUGAAAAAAGAUCUAGACUUCUACAGUUGUUGCUGUGCCCUGAGAUGUUCCCGUUUGUGGGUUUGCUCUGGCAUUGCCGCUGUUUUUACAUGGCGUUUAUGUUUACUUGAUCUAUAGUUUGAAUGUUUGUUGGCAACAGUCUAGCGAGGAGUUGCUUUUUGGAACAAAAUGGUGAGGGUCAGCGUGCUGAAUGAUGCUUUGAAGAGCAUGUACAAUGCCGAGAAGAGGGGGAAGCGACAGGUCAUGAUCAGGCCAUCUUCCAAAGUGAUCAUCAAGUUCCUUUUGGUUAUGCAAAAGCAUGGUUACAUUGGCGAGUUUGAGUAUGUGGAUGACCACAGAGCUGGUAAGAUUGUGGUUGAGUUGAAUGGAAGGCUGAACAAGUGCGGUGUUAUCAGCCCUCGCUUUGAUGUCGGUGUCAAAGAGAUUGAAGGCUGGACUGCUAGGCUGCUUCCUUCUAGACAGUUUGGCUUCAUCGUGCUGACCACCUCUGCUGGAAUCAUGGACCACGAAGAGGCCAGGAGAAAGAACGUUGGUGGGAAAGUGCUUGGCUUCUUUUAUUGACUAGAGUUUUGUUUGGAAAAUGUCUCUUGCUAUGUUGUAGGAUGUUUAAUUUUGUGAAAAUUUUGCUCCUUUGGAGGUUUGGAUUUCGACUAUGAGCUUUUGAAAGAUAACAUUUUGCCCCUGAAAAAUGGGUAUGCUGCGCUUGAUGAAUGAAUGAACUUUGCGUGUUACUACUGUUGCAAUGUGGAUCUUUACAGUAUGAUCCUCAAUAAUUUGUAUGAUCGUUAAGCUCAUUGUAGAUCGUUAAGCUCAAGAAGGUUCUGGUUUUUUUUCUCGCACUUUUCCGUCGUGCUGCUGGCUGGUAGCCAAAGUACCUUUGCUCAAGAUGCAGCUGCUUGUUAUGAAUUAACGGAUUUGAUCAUUUCUGGCCGGAGGCUGCUGCAUCAAUCCUAGAUUCUGGUUGAUGCUGUCAGGCAAAAGGAUGAACUCGGCUUCAUAAUAGAGGAACACGGUGUCCAGCUCUCGCAAUCCAGCAUUACUGUUGAUCAUUUGAGGUGCUCCAUUAGCUCUCCACCAUCACUACCAUAAGCUUUAUGGUUUCUGCUGCGAUACAUGUGCAAUCCUUUCCGAGAAGGGCAAAUAUUUGAUACUUGACGACGCUUAGAAGACCGGCAGCUAAGAGACUUAUUUGGUAUCCAACCAGUCACUUUGAGAAUUGUACAUGAAGUGUUCCGAAAGGUACAAAAACAGGAACUUCCAAAACCAUUCGGAUUCCAAUUACUGCUCAGUACAAUUCAGGCGAACACAAACAGGAUAGUUGGAAGCCGAAUAAAGAACAAAAGCACUUCAUCAGGGUUACAUGGAUAUGCUCACACAUACUUGGACCAAAAGGAAAUGAGCGACAAGAAAAACCAGAAGCUUCUCUGUUACGGAAAGCUACUAUAGUAGCUGAGUUUGGAAUCUGGAUGGGCAAUGAACAAAACCUAGUACGUAGUAAAUGUAAAGCCAGAGAUAGCAUCCACUUUCAGGGAUGCAGAAUGAAUGCCAAAGGAUCCUCAGCUGCCCAAACCCAUGAGCAAAACCUCUCUGCUAAACCUUCCAACGAUCACGGCCUUCUCGGUCGUCGUCUUCUUCGCCGUGGUAAUUGUAGCUGUCCAUCUUCAUCGCCUACUUGAUGUGCUGGUGCCUGCAGGGAUUUGGUGUAGAUGUUUGCUAGCCUAGUAAGCACCUUGGAAAAACAGGAAUGGCGGAGGAGGGAAGGAGAAGUGAAGUGAUUGGAGGGUGAUUAGGCAGCUUAGCCUUUAUAAAGGCGAUGGAAUUAAUUAAAAAGUUGCAGCUUUAGCUUUGUGGGGAGAGAAUCUUUCGAGUAUAUGCUUCCACCACCAUUGAACUUGCUAAUGCUUAAGCCGUGGCCCCUCUUCUUUCUCUUUUUCUAUGGGGAUAUGGCCAAUGGCCAUCACAUGCAAAAAUGCCACAAUACAUCUUGGAUAAUGGUUCCCAACUUGUAACUCAAAAUUUCCCCACCUUAUGGAAAGAGCUAGGUUAUCAAAUUUGUUUAAAAUAUUGUCACCAAUCAAUUGAUUUCAAUAAUAACUAAAUUUAAUCUUAUAUCAUUUAUUUACAAAGGGAAAAUCUAUUAGAUUAGUUCAGUUAUCUCUAUAAUGAAAUAAUAUUUAUCCAACUUUAUAUUGAUGUGAAUGUCAUACAAUGUGCAAUGCAACCAAGCAAAGAACAUAUAGAUAGUUCAUUUGGUAAAAGUUUAUUCUUUGUCUCCUACUAAUGUGCUACGUUUGGUUUUUCGUUUUGGCAUUAGUUAUGGCCGGUCAUAUGAACAUUUAUAUUUGUCUCUCAACUAAUUUGCUAGGUUAGAUAAUAUGCAGAUGCUUAGAUGGUUGAUGUUAAGAACCAGUUGAUCCAUAAUGGAUACUAUACUAACACGCCUGCUCAAACGAAAGCUACUCACAAGGGUUUGAAGUUUGCACAGGUUAAAAUACCAUGUGCUUAACAAAUGGGGGUUGUGGAAAUUCAAACACAAGACCUUUCGGUUACAGAAGGCUUAGAUACCAUGUCAUAAACCAACUGGUCUCAGUAACUCGAGUUUGAGGUGGUGUGUUAGUAAACGAUACAUGAUCCACGAUUGAACAUCUCCCAACAACUAGAGUUAUUGGAACCAGUUGGUUUAUGACAUAAUAUUGGUAUCAGAGUUGGUUUAGCCAAGUGGUCGUGCGUUCGAAUCUCCAUGCCCCCAAUAUUAAUAGUUGAUUAAAAGCACAAGGUAUGGUGGGCCUGUGCAAACUUCAAGCCCGUGAGCUAGAUUUUGUUUGAUGGGGCGUGUUAGAGAGUGGUAUACGAUCCAUAAUAUCAUUCUCCUAACAACUCGAGUUAUUGUGAAUAGUUGGUUUAUGACAGUUGAUACUUAUAUUUAGUUACUUAUUUAGUUGGGUUUCAUAUGCGCAUGCUUCCUAUCUAUCUAUCUACUAUACUUAUAAUACGCUGAAGGGGAAAACAGAUUCCCCAUUUCAAAAUUGGAGGCUGGAGAGGGUUUUUCGGGAGGGUACUUUGGGAAGUGAAUUUUUUCCUGACUCAAUUUGGGAACUGCAUGUUUCCGUGUCCCAAUUAUGGGCCUUACAUUAGAUGGGUCGGAGAUAAUUGUUCUGCCCCGUGAAGCCUUUCUACCACCAGCUACCUCACCAGUCGCAUUCCUCUCCGUGGCUUUUCACAACCACCUGCCGCCACUGAUGUCGACCGGUUCUUAUUGGGGUCUCUAUCAACAUUACUAAUUUUGUUUCCCUAUCCUCUUCCAAGAUCCAUCCCAUCUAUAGAUGAAAGUAUCUCUCUUCUAGGCUACGUCGAUAAGGGGAAGACUUCCAUCCGCGUCGCCAUCCAUUGGGCUAUCGGCUGAAGAGUCGAUUCCUUCUAUAGCUAAUUUGCUCUGUGUUUUUUCCCGAUCCAUUUCAACGUUGGUAAGUAUUCAUUUCUACUAUCGUCCAUUUUAAUCCCAUUUGUUUGCUACGUACGAUACAAAUAACAUUGGGUAGUGAGAUUUGGGUCCCCAAAAUUAGUGCCAUUCAACAAUCAUUAUCAACAAUUUUAAUCACAGUGGUUAAAUGUUGAUUACUUCAGGCUCAUCUUCACUAGGGAUUCGAUUCUCAACUCCUCCACAGCGGCGUCAAUGUCCCGGACGGUUGCUACAUCCAAACAUGCAUACACCCUACAAGCAAAAACGUUGGGGAGAAUCCCUAAAGUACUUAAUGCAUAUCAGAUGGAGCUCUUUCGCCACAUCUCCCGUUGCAAUGUUCUAUACAAAUGUGUAGCAACGAUCCUAGCUAAUAGGUUAGCAAGGAAAAAACAGGAGCCUCCAUAGCGUUUCAACGAAGGGGCAAUUUUGGAAACAACCUUCUCGCAUCCUUGAACGGGCCCACUGAUUGUCAAUGCCCACAAGCGAGGAAACACCGUUUAAUGCAUGGUCUGGGUAACUUAUUCCUUCCCCAAUCUAUGGAACCAUGAUCCUAUUUCCUUUUCUUAUUUUACUGCAUUGUAUCAUAUUUCCAAGGAACCUAUCAAUCCCCAACUUUGUAGCUUUGGUUUAGUGUCCAGCGGGUGCUUAUAAUUAGCGACGAGUAUGGGAUUGAGAAUGAUGUUGUGGGUCUGUUGUGUAAUGUAAAUUUAGUUUGGGUCAAUGGUUGACUUAGCCCCAGUGGCCAGUGCCCAUAUUGUGCUUUCAGAACCUGUAAGUUCCUGGGCUUGCCUCAUAAUCUGAAUCAUUUGUACCGAAACAACUAUUGGUUAUGGUGAUAUUUUUCUUGGAGGGUGGCUGAUUUUGGAAUUCGUAAGCACCUCCUAAGUGUCUUGAUAGAUCAAAUAUGAAGUAUUUGAUUAAAAUACUGCUUGCUUUUGAUCUAUAAUUUACUAUGAUAAUGUAUACAUAUUUUCUAUGAUUUGUACCAUAUCUACUUAUGUUUUGUUUGAAGGAUCAACUAUUGAUACUACUUGGUACAUUUUGCCAUUGAUUGAAAUAAUCAUAGCAGGCCUUGAAUUUAUAGAUGUAAAACACUGCUGGAAUUUUAUGUAUAUGCAUUUUCUAUGAUGUGGAUCGUAUCUUCUUAUCUUAUGUUUGAAGAAUCAUCUAUUGAUACCGCUUGAUAUGGUUUGUCAUUGAUUGAAAUAAUCAUAGUAGGCCUUGAAUUCAAGGAUUUAUAUAUACAACUACCAAAGCUUUUUUUUUUUUAUAAGGGUGAUAUAGGUUUCUCUUUUGUGAUUAAGAUACUACUUAAGGGAUUCGAACCUGGGACCUCUAGGCUCUAAACUAGUGGUAUUACCACUAGACCAAGCCCUUGUUCGUUCAUAAAGGAGAAUUUACAUAGAGGUCGUUUGCUAUUGGGAUUUUGAUCAAGGAUUUUGGGCUAAAAACCCACACUUAUGGGAUUAUGGACAAAGUCCAUGUUUGUUGCAAAAAUUGUGUUGGAUUAGUUCUUGUGGGACCCAUGCAUAAGGGAUUAUAGUGGGAUCAAAAUCCGUGGGGUCCACGGAUUAUAAAAUCCUACCUCUUUAGGUGGAGUUUUGGGAAGAGUCAUAAUCCAUGAAAGCAAAUGACAAAAGUAACCUUAUAUAUUUUCAAUAUUCCGAUGUUGCCCUCAUUAUUUGUAGGGUUUGACAAGCAACCUCCAUCACAUUCCCGUUUGUGUACUGUAUGAAGCUUCCUCCGUCUCCCAUUCUCGAGUGAAGUAGUUACUGCAACUUUUGACAUGUUUUUGUUAUGAAGUAGCUGCUACAAAUUUCUGUUGUCGUUAUUGUAAGUUACAAAUUUCUAUUAGCAGCUACUGCAAAUUUGCGUUACCUGCUGAAAGUUAUCAUCAUUAUAAGUUUUGAACACAUUUGAGGUUGCUUAGUAGCUGCUGCAAGUUUGUGUAAGAUGAUGCAAUUUUUUAUUUAGUCCAUACAAAUUUAGUUAGCUAGCCACAAGGAACAAGUGGUGUUGGCGGAGUAAGCUGUAAAAUAAACUUGGAAGGAGAUGGAGAUGGUAAUGGCGGAGGGCAGUGGCUUUUGUUCUUCUCUUGGAGAUGGUAGUUAACAAGGAUAAAGUUGUAAAUUCAACCUUUAACUAAUCAAUUACAAAGACAUAAAUCCAAUACAAAAUCCAUGAAGCAAACAAGUACUUUUGCAAAUCCAACACAAAUCCAAAAUGACAAAAUCCCACAUAAUCCUUCUAUGAUAAAAUCCAGGGUUUUACACAAAUCCUUGAUUUUUCAGAAUCCUACAAGCAAACGACCUCAUAGUACAACUACCAGAGCUUUUCUCGGAAGCAACUAUAUGGAGUUUCUAGCCACAAAUCAUACUAGAGUCACUGCACAUGGAGUUGCUAGCUGGCCAAAUAAAUAGUUGGACCAAUCUAUGUAGUUCAUCUUAUUUUCCAAAAAAAUUUCUUAGUUAAAUUCAGUUGUUUGUUGUUUUAAUAAUGCACUUUGUUUAUG